GAUGCGAAGGAACAGCCGGAGAGAGAGAGAGAGAGAGAGACUGGGAAGGAAAUCUGACAGUUUAAUAUUAAGAACAAGCGGCAACAAGAAAUAACUGAAGUGCCAGUCUGCCGCUGCACCCUGCAAGGGAGCCAUGCGCACAGAGAAGGAUGCGAGCAUGUGAUAAAGGGGAUGCCAAAUGCCAUGCUGCAUUCAUGCUCUCUGUCACAUACAAUUUCCAACUUAGCGCCCAUAAUUGAUUAUGCGUGCGGAGUCUGCGGGGUCCGACCGGGAGCCAGAAAUUCAGCCGCAGAGAAGCCCGGCGAGGUGGAUACUGCGUGGCGUCGCGCCCCUUGAAUCUCUUAACUGAAUCUUGUGACUGUGCAUGCGACUGGAUGAAAGUGUGUGUGUGAACGAGUGCGGGAGCAAAAGAGCGAGCGAGUGAGUGAGAAAUAUACUGAGAGAGAGAGAGAGAGAGAGAGGGAGGAGAGGAAGAGUGAGUGGGGGAGAGAGAGCGGGAGAGAGAGGGGGGAGAGAGAGAGAACGUGUGUGAGUGUGGCAGCCCUCCCACAUGGCCUCCAUGCAGGACGGGGUGAACUUCACUGCUCCUCCCUACGGCAAGGUCCUGCUGCUGGGGGCCAUCGCAGCCGCCUCAGCCUUCGUCGUCACCAUCCUCAUCGUCGUUCUCUGUGUGGGAUGCCAGAGGAAGGGCAAGACUCACAGUGGCUCCGGCGAGGGCGGAAAGCACCGGCUAAUGGACAUGAGUAUACUGAGACAGUCCAAGCUGCGGUCCAUUAGCAAGUCUGACACAAAGCUGCACGAGAUGAACAAACUGAACUGCAACGGAAAGAAGGCGUCCAAGAAGAACCGCCCGGCCAGCAUGGACCUGCUGCUGCUUCCCAGCCGCCGCUCCAACUCGGACCGCCAGCUACCGCAGAUCCCCCCAGGCACUGUAGGGGGCAGGGCAGGCGAGACCGACACGCCCGCACCUCCGGCGGUCCCGGCCAACACCCCUGCGCCCCCGGACCCGGACGGAGACGGCGUGGACGGAGGGAUGCCCGACCCGGAGAACGUGCAGCAGGUGAUGGGACCGCCGGGCCCGCCGGAGACCGCCGAGUACGCCUGCAUCCGGAAGGUGCGGAAGGUGGACAAGGCGGCGCAGAAGAGGGACAACGGGACGGAGACGGAUGAGGGCCUCGUCCAGCAGAGGCACAGCAGCGGAGACGUGCGUCACGGGCCGCCCUCACACCCCGCACCACCCCCACCUCACCCACACAGCCAGAAGAUGCCCCGCAAGAACAUGGACGCCUUCAACCUGCCCACCUUCCCCAAGGAAGCAGUGUUCAUGGGUAAUGGCGAGGAGUAUAUAUGGAAGCCCCCAGAUGAUGAAGACUUCAUGAUCCAACACAAACAGAUAGGACCAGGACCACUGGGCGAGAGCAUACAGCCGUCAGUAGCUGGGAUAGCAGACAUGUACUCCAAAGUGUGCAAACCUAGCAAGAAGAAGAGAGCCAUGCCUGGGUCCCCCCCGGGCAACACCGGCUACCGGACCUUGGGGCGUGGGGACAGGGAUCGCGACCGCGACGGGGGCUUCAGUGUGGUGGUGAAGCCGCAAACGUGGGCCCCCCAGGAGGCCAAGGGGGCCAGAGCGCCCCCUGGCUCCAUGGAGGACCAUUGCUACGAGGCCAUUGGCUCCGAAGAGUGUGACCCGGCCUACGAGGCCAUAGAAGGGGGCGGCGCGGGUGCGGGGGCCGGGGCAGGCGCCUGGAAACGCGAGCGACCCCCGCCCUUGCCCAACGCCAGCGCCACACUCCGGCCAAAGAAGAAGAAGCCCCAGCAACCCCUGCAGCAGCCUCCGCCGCCUCCACCACAGCAGACUCCUAAACUGCAGCAUCUGCCCGCCAAAUCCCUCUUGCUGCCUGGGGAGAACCUGUACGAGAGCAUUGGGGACCUGAAGCACAGCUCGGCCACCUCCAGCACCACCACCAUCUUCACCUUCAACGAUGGCAUGGAGAUGUACGUUACUGGCUUGUAGGAGUGUUUGUGUGUGUGUGUGUGUGUGUGUGUGUUUGUUUGUGUGUGUGCGUGUGUGUGUGUGUAUGUAUGUGUGUGUGUUUGGGUGUGUGGAGCCACCGCACAAUACAAUACAGCGAAGAACACAUAUCUCUGCAAUUCAAGUCACAGAGACAUUAAUGCAUAACUACAGUACAUACACACGACACAUGCCCUGCCUCUCAACACUUCAAAAAAAAAAAAAAAAUAAAAAAAACGACAAACAAAAUAGAAAGAAAAAGAAGUGAGCUCCCACAGCACAUUGCUCUUCACAUAGUCUGUUUACAUCCCUGUCUAGCUGAUUCUCAAGCCCCCCCCCCCACCCAUAGCCUUAGUGCACAGUAUGCAGAGUCUGAGAAGGAAGGUGGCAUUCGCAUCAGAGUGAAUGUGGGCUGCGAUGCUAUGCCACAACAGCGCAUCCCAUGCUAUUGUUGAUCACUUCUGCUAGCAUGUCAUAAACUGCUACUCCUAACACUCGAUGGCCCAUCCGCUAAGUUUUAGUUUGGUGAACAGUGAUGUUUCAGCACCUUGUGAGGUGAUAACCAGAUAAUGGCAGUCAGAGGCUUUGGGUUUUUCUAAGUGGAAAUUCAAUAUAUUUCAGCACUCUGAGCCAAUGAAAUUAAACUAGUCUAAAAGGUUUCUAUUGGAUUUUCCCCCAAACAGUGAUUGAUAUGUCUGCAAUUGUGUCCAUCUUGGAGAGCACAAAGCCUCUCCCUCCCACUCCUGAUUUAAAAGAAAGACGUGAAACACUUGCACAGACACACACACACACACACACACACACACACACACACACACACACACACACACAUACACACACUCACUCACUCCAUUGUGAUUUUCUCGUCAUCAGCCCCUUGAGGUGGCAGGUGUCACUUUCAAGAUUUGCCGAGAGGCUUCCAAAGUCAAAGUAAAAUAAUGAGCACAACGGUUGGAUAGAAAGUUUACUGAGCAAUGUCACCCUGUAUCUAAACAUAGUCUUUUUGCAGGGAGAAUAAGUUGUUGAAAUUAUGAAUCUCCACAGUAUUUGUGCAUGUGGGAGUAAGGCAUUUGCUGUGAAAUCUCAAAAGAGAACCUUCAUUAAUCAGUACAUGACUACUGAGUUGCUGUUAUUAAAUAAUGACUACUGAAGUGCUGUUAUUAAAUAAUCAGUACUGUCUUUUCUGAGGGUCAAAGCUUUCUAAAAACGUUUGUACCCUGUAAGCUAUGAUCACAGCUUUAUUGGAACAUUUGAUGAUGGAAACAAAUACACUGGAUUAUCUUCGUAGUGACAAUGGUUGUUCCAAAAAAGAAAAUUUGGAAUUUUGAAAGUACAAAGAAAAUGAAAUUGCACAAGAUGAUUGGAGAAUUCUUGCACCCUUAUUCUAGUGUUAAGCACAACCCCUCCCUCCUUGUGUAACAUUCUUGUUGGCACUUAUUGUAGUUUGUCAAGAACAUAUGGUAUCCCAUUUAAAACAUUUGAAUUGAAUUAAAUUAAAUUACAGUAAAGACAAUGCUAUAGUUAACAAAUGCUCAGGGACAGAGUAAUACUAAACAAUGGAGAAUCCUAAUUGCACACAAAGUUUAAUCUCCUCCAAUUAAAAGAAAUGAAGUGUUAAUAGCUGUAUUAAUCAAUCAUGACCCUGAGUGGAAAAUGGGACUAUAUUUUUGCUCUCAUGUGUGUUUUUUUUCCCGUUGGUUGUGUUACACAUGACAUUGAUUGACUGUUGGUGAGUGAGCCACCACUGCCAUAAAAGUACAGUUCAGUCCUGUAAGUGUUUUACUUUGUCUAUGCUGUUUAUGCACUUUGCCUGAUGAAAAAGAGCAUGCAUUAAAAAAAGAAAAGCAAACAAAAACUAACAAACUUUUAAAAAAGUGAACAAAAAAAGCACUGUUCUUAUGGUACCUGAGAAUGGGUUAUUUAUUGCUGUUGUUGGUUGAUUCUUUUUUUAUUUAAAUGUCUUUUUAUUUUGUUGGAGACAGCACAAUGUCAUUGUGGACCCAGUACUGAUAUUAAGUGGCAUACAAAGGACAAGUUUGAGUCUUGUCUGUCUGGUUGUAAGGCAUGGUUGGUCUUUGUCCAUUGGCAGUGUUGGUCUGCAGUGUGGUCCACUUGAGAUCUCAGAGCAGGACUACUUCCUGGAUCACAAUCAUAUCUAAAAAAAAAACUCAUAACACUGACCAGGAAAUGCUUUAGCAAUUGUCUGGUUUAUAAUGGAAGACAGAAGCAUCAUGACUUCCUCCUUCAGUGACUCGGUACCUUAAAACUUGUGAAGUACCCCUGUAUAAAAUGCUACAAAAAUCGCUAAGUGACAGUUUAUAUAUUUCCUGGAGGUCAUGAACCUUCAUCUUCCAAUCUGUAUGCAAAGGUGCAAAGGUUCUCAUGAACAGUGUUACAGUCCUUAUGCUAUUGAAAUGACACUUAAGUAUUUCUGUGUGUCCUGGAAAAAAAAGUGAAUCACUGAAUAUAUAUAUAAAGAAUAGCAACUGGACAAACCUAACUGGACUUAAAAGUACAACAGUGAACUUGGCUAGACCAAAUAUACACACAAAACUGCAUAUUUGAGCCCAGUACAUGGCAGUUAUCAUAUAUGUUAAUGCAAUGUUGUAUAUAUGUUAUAAAAGAGAAAGAAGAAACUACUAUCCUAGGUGUUUUUGAGAAUAUACAUUUAUUUUUGUUUGUGUUCUUUGGAAUGACUUUUGGUGACAAAAUUGCAAAAUUGCUUUCUCCGUGAGUUGUAUUGAGUUUAUUUUUUAUGUUUUUGUUUUCAUUUGAUCUUCCCUCUCUCCAUUCCCGCUAUAAUGUGUACUUUGAAGGCAAACUGAGUCAAGUGUGGCAGCUACUGUCAUGUGUUUGCAAAUCAAACAACAGGGUUGUGUGUACUCAAACCGUGUAAUUAAGUGCUAACGUGCAAAAGAUUGUAAUGUUUUUAUAUCAAAAUUACUAUUCAUAAAAAUGUCGGGUCAAGUUUAUACUUUUGUAAUAAAGUAGCACUCAAAAAGCA